AUGGCCGCCUCGAAGCUAGGCAAGGGCCUUCUCUGGGGCACCAUCGGCGCAAACAUCUUCAUCUGGGGCAAGUGGCAUGUCUUCGCCGACGCCGAGGCCCAGAAACAGGGCCGCGACUCCCAUGCCUACCACCUGGCACAGGCGAGGCACGUCAGGCACAUGAACGAGAACUACACCCUCUCCCGCAGGAACAUGGCCGACGGCCGGUGGUGGACCCUCAUCACCUCGGCCUUCAGCCACUACGACACGGCGCACCUGGCCAUCAACAUGCUCGUGCUUCACAGCACCGCCUCGCUGGGUCUCUCCGCCGCCGUAGGUCUGGGCCCCGCCCGCCUGGCUGUUCUCGGCCUCGGCUCGGCUGUGUGCGGGUCACUCGGGUCGCUGUACGACUACCAGAAGUCCGCAGAGGCCGGACUGCCCGAGUCGCGCGGGCUGGGCGCCUCGGGCAUGGUUGAGGGUAUCAUGGUGGCUACCAUGCUUGCCCAGCCCAGGUGGCCGAUGAUGGUCUUCCCGAUCCCCGUCGAGAUCCCGUACUGGGCCGUGGUGGCUGGCUUCGUCGGCUACGACAUGUACCGUCUGUACCAGGAGAAGAAGUCGGGCCAGAAACACGUCAACUGGAUGGGCUCAUACACCGGCUACGCCGCCCACCUUGGCGGCGCCGUAUUCGGUGCUGCUUUCUACUUCCUGGCCUUGAGGAGGGGCAUGCUCAUCCGUAGGGCCGCUUGGGCCCAGAAGUUCAGGAACAUGCGAUGA